CAGCGGCCUUUUACCACGUGAUCAGCCGUGUGCAAUGACACGCUGUGAUGAUCAGUGCCUUGAUGAUCGGUGCCCAGCAGUGCCACCCGCCAGUUCUGCCCACCUGUGCCCAGCAGUGUGCCCACCUGUGCCCAUCAGUGCACCCUCCUGUGUUCAGCAAUGCACCCACCUGUGCCCACCCACCAGUGCCCAUCAGUGCCACCCACCAGUGCCCAUCAGUGCAGCCCAGCAGUGCUGCCAGUCAGUGCCACGUGGUUGUGCCAGCCAGUGCCCAGCAGUUGCACCAGUCAAUGCCUAGCAGUGCCACCAGUCAGUGCCCAGCAGUGAUGCCAGUCAGUGUCACCUAUCAGUGCUGUCUAUCAGUGCCACCUAUCAGUGCCGCCUAUCCGUGGCACAUCAUU